AUGGCAUUUAAAGGCUCAAGCCGCACCCCUCUGGACGACUCGGAACAUGGAGGUGCGCUCUUCACCCUUCCUCGUGAAAUUCGAGACGAAAUCUAUCGACUUCUCGUCAAAGGGCGUCACUGCGUUUUUCUUCCUUCGGAACCUGUACACGGGGAUACUUUUACAGACGGGAUUGACAAGUUCGACAAACAUGACUUGGUCAUCCUUCGAAUUUCAAAAGCCAUCAGCCGCGAAGCACACGAAAUACUUUACUCAGAAAGCAUCUUCCGGUACGGCAUAAACUUCUGGGCGAGCAAGGCACUGGAACCCCCGAUUCGGGCAGUAAAUGGCAUGCAGAAAAUGAAGAUCUUACCCUCAGACCAGGAGACGCACCCUACAUACGAACGUCGUAUGGCAGUGAUCUGUGAGGCUACCAUUGACGGUUUCACGGGAACCCAAAUUCUUCACGACACUCUUCACAUCCAAUCCGGCUUUUUCGAACUGGACAUGAUUGGACCAUUACGAAACUACAUUCUCCCAAACAUGAGGGCGUUCAACGGAUUUCGUAGAAUAGUUGUGGAAGUCUUUCUUGAAGAUGAAUAUGACACUGGUAUGCAGGAGGUCAUAGCAGGGUUCGAGCGGGUCAAACAGGAAAUAAAAGACGCAAUGGAACCCACCUUGGGUCUGCUACGACUCGCAACAUCGAAUACCAAAUUUACCUUGAUGUCCAUCCACGCGAGCACGUGCCAGCAAUUCUCAGAGCCCAGGCUCAGAAAUUGA